AUGGCUGGACGAAUGCAGAACCAGGCCGAAGAUCCAACGCCUACGGCAAACACCACAACAGACAUCUCAAUAUUAGAGAAGAGCCAAGGCGUUUCUGUUGAGCAAAAAGUCGGGCCCGAGUCUGACACGGACACUAAGCGCAGCGCGACCGAUGACGAAGUUGCCAACCUGGCUCAAACAGCCGACAGUCUCCCUCUAGCCGUUAUUAUUGUUAUCAUCAUCGGUGGCGCUGAGAGGUUCGCAUAUUACGCAUUGUCAGGACCUUGGCAAAACUACAUCCAAAACCCCCCUGGCGACUACGCGCUCCCAGGUGCCCUUGGCCUUGGUCAGGCUACGGCAACAGCAAUCAACAAUGCAUACCGCUUCCUCAGCUUCCUCACACCUCUGAUAGUUGGUGUUCUAUCAGACACCUGGCUAGGGCGCUACAAGGCACUCCUUCUGAGCAUGAUAGUCUACGCAUGCGGUGGUUUGAUCCUGCUCCUAACUUCUUUACCCAUUGCACUUGACCAUGGUGCUGGACCAGCAGGGCUCGCUGUGUCAAUGAUUCUAAUAGCUUGCGGUGUUGGAGGAGUAAAGGCUACUUUUCCCAUAUUUUUAGGUACCCAAGACACAAUUGCUUCGUACUCACUUGGACAUUUGAAACUGAAUUUGCAACUAAUACCAUCCCCUAGGAGAUCAAUAUACGAAAACUCAGCCACAGUUGAUACACAAAAGAGGUGGUCGAAAAAUGGUGACCAACAGGAAUUUGACCAUUCAAUCAAUCUACACUCUGUCUUUCUGUUAUACACAGUAGCUUACUUACAGAUGAUCAGGGUUACUAAUCUUUCUUCGCUCUCAAUCAUCCCGGCUACAUUCCUUGAGAGCAAAUUUGGGUUCUGGCCGGCGUAUUUACUUGGCUUUGGCGCCUUGCUCAUUUCAAUUGCAAUACUGUGUGGCCUCUCAUCUAAGCUCGGUUCGCAUAUUCAGACCCCUAAGAGUGUGCACGAUCAAGAAGCUGACCUGAUACUGGGGGAAACAGUUAAAGUUCCAAAAGGGACUAAUAUAAUUCUCACCGCUGGUAAAGUUUUAGGGUGUGCGACCAAGAGCGGCUUCCGCUUGGACAACACGAAGGCUUCUUAUCAGGCUUCUCACUACAACAGGAGUGUACCAUGGACGGAUGAGUUUGUGGACGAGAUCAAAGUCACGCUCCGGACGUGCAGAGUUCUCCUUUCUAUGGCAGUGUUUACGCUUUGCAUGGGCCAGAUGUUGAAUAAUCUGGUUUCUCAAGCCGGCCAAAUGGAGCUUCAUGGCGUCCCUAAUGACAUGAUUCAGGCUCUAAGCGGCAUCGCUGUUGUAUUGCUCGGUCCCGUUAUCCAAGGCGUAAUUUCGUUCUUAGCGAAACGACGGAUUCUUCUUGGGCCCAUCGUACGAAUGGCCAUCUCCUUUAUUUUCACCGCCGCGGGAAUGGGUUUUGCUGGUGGCGUCCAGCAACUCAUUUAUUCGGCUCCUCCAUGUUACAACGCGCCUCUUGCUUGUGCCGAAUCCAUGGGUGGCACGAUCCCGAACAAGAUCAAUGUCUGGCUGCAGACUCCGAUACACUUCAUACUGGCAAGUGGAGAGAUACUCGGCUAUGUUGCAAUGGACGAGGUCUCGUACACCAAUUCCCCCCAAGGCCUUAAAUCAGUAGUGCAGGCGUUCAAGCAGCUAUCCAACUGCCUGGGAAGUAUUCUCGGAUUGGCUUUGAGUCCGGUAUCACGGGACCCGUACCUUGUGGUGCUGUACUCAUCGCUGGCUGGCGUAAUGGUAUUAAUAACGGGCAUUUUUUGGUAUUACUUUGGAAAGCAUGAUCGUCCUAAGAGGGCAGAAGAAUCACCAUUAGAUACGACGGAGGAGAGCGAGGCGAAAGAAUGA